GUUCGAUGGGUCCCACUAUGGAUACACGCCAGGACUCCUGGGUUCUUUCCCCAGCUCAUGCUGUCCCCCACCCCCCUUGCUUGGCAGAUCCUGUUGUGAACUGGCUGGAGCUACAGGAUCUUGGCUACGAGGCCUUCGAUUCGGGGCAGCUGGCCCCACUGCAGAACGUCCAGGUCUCCUACACGCAUGGCCCCUACCCACAGCUCUCGCUGGAGGCUGUCUACAGCCUGGACGGGGCGCCACCAGGCCAGAGCCACCUCGCGCCGGAGGACUACAGCACCCAGCCCUGUGCCCCCUAUGGGGCCUGCCUCCCAUCCGGCGCCCUGGCCAGCCCCCCUGUCUCCGAGGAUGAGGAGUUCCCCCUUGAAAACCCGGCCCUGGAGGUGUCCGACAGCGACUCAGACGAGAACCUCUCGGCAGAGGGGUCACCCGGCUACGAGGCGGGUAGGUGCCAGCCGGGCGGGUGCCCCGCGUCCCCAGCUCCCGGCCCGUGGGGGAGUGGCCAGGACCCUGUCACUCCCCCCCAUCCCGCCGGGUACGCGGAUGUGACCCCAUCUCUCUCCUCCCGUCCCGCCGGGUACGCGGAGGUGACCCCAUUCCCCCACCUGGUACGCGGAGGUGACCCCGUCGUCGUCCCCCGCCACACCCCGCCCUGUACGCGGAGGUGA